GUACGCGUGCUUUCAGCCAAUCGCGUGCGAGCCAAACAUUUUAGUUUCCGCCCAUCUUUUAUAGUCGUCUGCCUCAAAUUAAAAUCGCCGCAAUACCCAAGUUGGAAAGGGCGCCUACUGUCCUCGUCCUACAGUCGACAAUAACUGGUGCUGACCCAAACGCCCAACCAUGGUUCGAGCUAAGACGUGGACCCUGAGCAAAUAUUUCCAAGGCUUUCCCAAGGAAAGCGACUUCCAGCUCAAAGCGGAGGAGCUCCCCGAGCCUAAAGAUGGACAGGUGCUUUUGGAGGCCUUGUUUCUGAGUGUUGACCCUUACAUGAGGCCUUUUAGCCGCGUUCGCAUGAAAGAAGGAGACGUGAUGAUCGGAACUCAAGUGGCCAAGGUGAUCCAGAGCAAAAACGCAGCGUUUCCCGUAGGGGCCCACGUCGUGGGCCGCGGCGGAUGGAGAACACACACCGUGUCGGACGGCUCCGACCUCAUCCCGGUCAUGCCCGAUUGGCCUCGGGACGUUUCGUUGUCUUUGGCUCUUGGCAUCGUGGGCAUGCCUGGGCUGACUGCUCUGUACGGAAUCGAAGAAGUCCUGGAGCUGAAAUCGGGCGAGACGUUGCUGGUGAACGCGGCGGCGGGGGCGGUGGGCUCGGUGGCGGGGCAGAUAGCCAAAAUGAAGGGCUGCAAGGUGGUGGAUUCGCGGGCCUCCGACGCCAAGGUGGCCUUCCUCAAAGAGCUGGGCUUCGACGAGGCCUUCAACUACAAAACGGUGGGCUCCCUGGAGGAAGCUCUGAGGAAGGCCGCUCCCGAUGGAUACGACUGCUUUUUCGAAAACGUGGGAGGCCCUUUCUCCAGCGUCGCCAUGUCACAGAUGAAAGAUUUUGGAAGAAUCGCCGUGUGUGGAAGUAUAUCCACCUACAAUGACACCGAGGCGCAGACAGGCCCGUAUCCUCAAAUGACCAUGAUCGUCAAGCAGCUCAAGAUGGAGGGCUUCAUGCAAAGCAGAUGGGAACCAAAGCACCCAGAGUCCCUCAGGAGGCUCAUGGCCUGGUUGAAAGAGGGUAAACUGCAGAGCCGCGAACACGUCACCAAAGGCUUUGAAAACAUGCCGGCGGCUUUCAUGGGAAUGCUGCGAGGAGAAAACAUCGGCAAGGCUAUCGUGGCAGUCUGAUGUGAAGACACCAAGUGAUGGAAACCACACAAGUCG